GCCCCUUAGUACAACCUCAAAUUUUUUGUUUACCUUGAGUGAUCCAAUCAAAACUAAUCGAUAAAAAAAUAUAUUAUUCUCCGUUAUUCGUCCACUUUUUUGAUUAUUUAAAAAAUACAUAAAAUAAUAUAAUCUUGCAUCAUUGUAUCGUUACAUAUUAAAACUUGCUAUUUAAACUCAGUGUAGUGUCAGAGUGCUAACCGUCACAACUCUAUUUACACGUUAAAGCGCUGGAAUUGAAUAAAAAUAAUUCUCAUAUAUAAGAUUUAAAAAUGUCUAAAAGAAAAAGAGUUACAGCUGAUGAAAAACGCACUCGAAUGCUAGGCUAUUUUCAUGAGAAAAAAGAGUUUUUUACUUUGAAAGAAUUAGAAAGUAAUUUACCAAAAGAAUGUGGUAUUAUUCAACAAGCUGUGCAGAGUGUUUUGCAAGCUUUAGUUGAUGAUGGAUUAGUGCAUUCAGACAAAAUUGGCACAUCUGUAUAUUUCUGGUCUUUUCCUGGAGAAAAGAUACCACAACUGGAAAAUCAAAUAGCUGAGUGUGGAAAAAAUAUUAUGGUGCUCGAAUCCAAAUUGGAACGUUUAAAAUUGGAGGUUCAAAAAGAAGAGAAAAAUGAAGACUUUGAAAAAACAAAAUUACUGAUACAAGAAAUAGAAGAACUAACUAGCAAAGAAUCUGAAUUGAAAAAACAAAUCUCAAAGUUCAGUGAUGCAGAUCCAGAAGUUAUAGCAGAGAUCAAUAAAAAAGCCAAGUUUUUCAAAGAUGCCGCAAAUACAUGGACAGAUAAUAUAUUCUCAUUGAAAACUUGGUGUAAUAAUAAGUUUAAUAUAGAAGAAUCCGCACUUAAUAAACAAUUUAAAAUCCCUGAAGAUCUUGAUUACGUCGAAUGAAUAUUAAAUAUUGUACAAUUUCAGUCAAUUUUCGCAUUUCAUACAUGUAAACAAAAUCGAAAACUCACCAUUCUA